AUGGCGUCGUCGCAUCUAUCAGUCACACAGCUCGUGCUGUCCCUCGGGAUCGCAGGUGCUAUCUACGUAGUAUACCUCGCUAUACAACGACUAUGGCUCUCCCCAAUAGCCCACUUCCCAGGGCCCAAACUAGCAGCCCUAACCAUGUGGUACGAAUUCUACUACGACUCCUUCCUAGAAGGCGAAUACACCUUCCAAAUCGCCGAAAUGCAUCGCAAAUACGGACCCAUCGUGCGCAUCAGUCCCUACGAACUACACAUCAAUGAUCCCGAAUACUACGACGUGCUGUACUCCCGCGAAGCACCCCGGAACAAAUCCCUCCAUUUAACCGGCAUGUUCGGAGCACCGGCCUCGGCCUUCGGUACCGUCGACUAUCGCCGCCAUCGUAUACGCCGUCAACCCAUGAACCCGUUCUUCUCGCAGCAGCGUAUUCGACAGCUUGAGCCUAUGCUGCGGGGCAUGGUGGACAAAUUAUGCGAUGGAAUGCGCGCGUGGAUUGAUAGACGUGCCCCACUCCAUAUGUACCAUGCAUUCAAUGCGUUUACUACGGAUGUCGUCGUGGAAUAUACCAUGGGCAAUUCAUUCCAUUAUCUCGACGAUCCCGAUUUCAGCCCCCAGUGGUCAAAGACGAUUCAGGCUAUUGUGCGCGCGGGAGUGCAAUUCAAACAAUUCCAGUGGUUUAUGGGUCUCUUUGAUAUCCUUCCUCGGUGGCUUGUCUUGAGCAUUAAUCCGGAUAUCGGCCCUGUGAUCGAUCAAAAGGCUGAAAGUAUACGUUUGGCCAAUCUGGUGAUCGAUAGUCAGAAUGCGGAUGGGGUUUCUGGUAAAAAGGCCACCGUUCCCAAGGGUACCUUGUUCCAUGCUCUGUUGCAAAGCAAUCUUCCACCCGAAGAGAAGUCGGCGGAUCGGUUGAGUCAGGAGGUUUUCACGGUUAUUGCGGCUGGUGGAGAGACGACGGCCAAGAAUCUGACCACGGUUACUUUCCACCUCUUGAAUAACCCCAAGAUGCUUCAAAAACUGCGCGACGAGCUAAACCGCUUGGAUCCUGAUGGAACGGCUUCUUUGGCAGAAUACGAGGCAAUGCCUUAUCUGUCCUCGGUGAUGCUGGAAGGUCUUCGAGUCUCCUUCGGCGUUGCAACCCGCCUCCAACGUAGCUCCCCCGAUCAACCGAUGAUGUAUAAAGACUGGGUCAUUCCUGCUGGGGUACCGGUCGGUAUGACAAGCUUACUCCUCCACAACAACCCCGAAAUCUUCCCCAACCCAGAAGAGUUCGACCCAGAGCGAUGGAUGGAUCUAACGGAAAGACACCGUCUGGAGAAGUACCUGGUUGCCUUUAGCAAAGGAUCUCGACAGUGCAUUGGUAUUCCCCUUGCCAAAGCAGAAAUCCUCCUCGUCCUCGCCACCAUCGUCCGCGAAUUCGAGAUGGAGCUGUACGAAACUACCUUCGAAGAUGUCCGCGUUGUGCGUGAUAUGUUCAAUGGUCACCCCAGGAAAGGAAGUGAAGGUGUGCGUGCGAUGAUUACGGGGUGGAAUGGACGGCCGGGGUUGACGAGUACUUGA